GGGUCGAAACUUCGAACUAUGAAGUUCGAAAAAUCAACUGAAAAACCUUGUUCCUCUCUCUCUCGCUCGCUCUCUCUCGGGAGACUGAAAUUUGAUCAUGGAUGAAGAAUUGCUGGAAUUGCAGAGACAAUUCGAAUCCGCGCAGCAAGCGAAGUCGAGCGUCAGAUUAUCUGAAAGGAACGUCGUCGAAUUGGUGCAAAAGCUUCAAGAGCUUCAAAUCAUCGACUUCGAUCUUCUUCACACCGUUUCCGGCAAGGAAUACAUCACUCCUGACCAACUGAGGCAUGAAAUGGUAAUGGAGAUUAAGAGAGUAGGGCGUGCUUCCUUGAUUGACCUUGCGGACAUAACUGGGGUUGAUUUGUAUCAUGUUGAGAAGCAAGCCGGACGUGUAGUUUCUGACGAUUCAGGACUUAUGUUAGUUCAGGGAGAAAUAAUUUCCAAUUCAUAUUGGGAUACUGUAGCUGAAGAAAUUAAUGAAAGGCUUCAGGAAUGCAGUCAGAUUGCUUUAGCUGAACUUGCUGCACAGCUUCAUGUGGGAUCCGAGUUGGUUGCAUCCAUGCUGGAGCCACGCCUAGGGACUAUGGUGAAAGGUAGACUUGAAGGAGGGCAGUUGUAUACUCCUGCGUAUGUUGCUCGGGUUAGUGCCAUGGUUCGUGGUGCUGCAAGAGGUAUCACAGUUCCAACAAAUUUGUCAUUGUUGUGGAGCUCCUUACAGCAACUGCUGCAAGAAAUGGAGGGGGCAGGUGGUGUGGCUGUUGAGGGUGUUUUUUUUCAAUCCAUGUUUAAUGGGAUGAUGAAGGAAGGCAGGAUCUGUGGAUCGCUUCGUGCAGGAGUUCAUUGGACUCCAGCUGUCUUUGCUGUUGCUCAGAAGGAAUGUAUAGAUUCUUUCCUCUCUCAGAAUUCUUUUAUCAACUAUGAAGUACUGCACAAACUUGGAAUUCCCCAGCCUGUCCAGCACUUGCAGUCCAGGUAUCCUGAGGGCAUCCCUCUUGUUACUAUAUUUGUUCACCCUUCAAUGAUUGAGAUGUUGGAUUCUGCAGCAGAGGAUGCUAUUGAGCACAGUAGCUGGAUUGAUUCUCUUUCUGUUUUACCUGCAUCCUUUGGAUCACAAGAUGCAUCUAAGGUUUUGUCACUUUGUCCUUCUGUUCAGUCGGCCCUCAAGUCAAAUAGAGCACUUAUUCUGGGGGAGUCCUAUGUGUUUAGCAGUGGCUUUAUAAAGGAUGUUUUUGAUCGUGUGGAGAGAGAGAUGGAAACACUUAAUAUUUCUGGAUCUCCUGAUAAUUUACUGUAUGAUGAUAUGCACUUGACCAUGGAAGCUAAAGUUGGACAUGCUGCAAGUAAGUUUGCAGAAUCAAAUGAAACUGGUAAUCAGAGUGGUGGUAAUAAACAGGCAUCAGAGAAAGGGUCAAAGAGGAAAAAGGGGAAAGCUGUGGGGAACACAAAAGCAGGCAUUGCUGAAAGUGAUCUUGAUAACCAGGAACCUGUUCAUAAUAAAUCUAAGAAAAACCAACGUAAAGCAAAGGAUGCAUCCUCCUUACAAGGGUCAGAUUCAAAGACAGGUGCUAAGAAAGAAUUGGAUAAAACUAAAAAAGGUGACAGUUUUAGUAUUCCUUCAGAUCAAUGGGUAACGGACAAGAUUAUGUUGCUGGUUCCUGACUUUGAAGAACAAGGUGUAGAUGAUCUCCAAACAAUUCUUAGACCUUUAGCAAACCAUUUGAGACCCAUGCUGCUCAAUUCAUGGAAGGAGAAAAGAAAGGCGCUGUUCACAGAAAAUGUAGAGAAAAUGAAACGCUUGCUAGAUCAUUUGCAAAGGAAGCUUGAUGAGUCAUUCUUAAAUAUGCAGCUUUAUGAGAAAGCUUUGGAUUUGUUUGAAGAUGAUCAAUCAACUUCAGUCAUUUUGCAUAGACAUCUGUUGAGAACAACGGCUACUUCUAUUGUGGACAUGCUCUUAUUUAACUUGGACAUACACAACAAGUUGAAGAAUGGAAUUCAAGUAGAAGAACCUCAGAAUCUGGAGUCUGUUUCACUUAGUUCUGGAGAUAAAAUUGCUCUUGCGAAGAGUAUGCCUGGAUCUCUUUCAGCAAAUGCCCUUGCAGUAGUUGAAGCUUUAGAAGGAAAGCGGGUGGAAACUUUUGUCACUGCACUUGGAGCAUUAGCAGAGGAAAGUGGGUUACUCUUGAAAAAGCUUGAUAAGAAAUUGGAAAGAACACUUCUGCAUUCAUAUCGCAAGGAUUUGACAUCUCAUGUUUCUGCUGAAACUGAUCCAGUUUCACUUCUGCCAAAAGUUGUUUCUUUACUCUAUCUGCAGGUUCACAAUAAAGCUCUUCAAGCACCUGGAAGGGCCAUUUCUGUUGCUGUUUCUAGAUUGAAGGAUAAACUAGAUGGUUCAGCAUACAAGAUUUUGAUGGAGUACCAUGCUGCAACAGUGACCCUAUUGGGACUAUUAUCUGCUGCAACUGAUGAUGUGGAAGACACUACUUCGGAUAGAAUUUUGAGUAAAAGGGAGCUUUUGGAGAGCCUAAUGCCAGCACUGAAAGGCCUGGUUUUGAGCCCUCCGAAGAAUACAUGAAGACCCGAGUCGACAACCAAACAAGCUUGCCGUUGAUUGGGCUCUAUCCUCUGUUUUAUCUUUGUCCAGCCCCCCACAAUCAACCCAGAAUAUCUCUUGGUUCUUGGUGAUCAUCUUUGUGUGCUCCAUUCAAACAAAUGAUAAAAGCUUAUGUGAUAAUAGUUCAUGGUUUUACCUAUUGAAAAAGGCCAUGGGAGACUUGAUGCUCACCUUGAAGCCUACAGAUAAUCAGUGUCAACUUUUAACUGUCACCUGACGGGAUCCAUCAUGCAGUUCCUCCUAUGUUUUAAGCUCGUUGAUGUACAAUUUUGUUUUUCGCUUUGAAAUCUGUACAGAAAAAACAGGAUGCAACUAAGUGAGGCAGAACAACUUUGGCGUCAAGGUUGCUGCAAUGGGGAACAGCAGUGGCAUCUCUUACCAGACUAAGCUCAUGAGUUGUGGUCAAGUUAAGAUUGGAUUGUUCUGAACUUCAAAACUAUUUAUACAGCCAAACAUGCAGAGUAACAAUACCCGUGAGGGAGAUUUUAAUCUGAUACUGACUACGAAAGUUAAAUUUUAUGCCUAGGUGCAUGCUCCUUGAAAAUGCUUUGAAAUUCUGUGUAAGUUACACUCAGAUUCUUAGACUACUAUUACACUCAUGUUCUUAGAAAGACUAUCCUGGACUCUGUAUGGAAGUAUGAAUUUUAGGUAUUAGAUUUGGAUUUACAUGAAUGUGAAUAAAGUUCAAUAUGAUUUUAUUUUG